AUGAUGCCAGAUGGCAGUCCCCCAGCACUCCCCAGCAACAGAUCAGCCCCUAAUACGAUCUCCCAGAUCAACCAAACAGCUCCUGUCCCCGUCCCAGAGAGCACCGCCACUACACGCUGUCCAUCGACGCGCGAUGCGUACCUGUCCUCGACUGAUCCCCAUCGCAUCGACUCUCCUCGCUUCCCUUUCUGGGCCACCGCCGCCUCCAGCAGCAUCGUGGCUCCCAUCACCGAAACGCCCCUUGUGAGUGGCCGCCUCGACGGGCAAUGGGGGAUGCCUCCGCUGUCGGCCUACACGCCCUUUGAAUCCCUCCUCUUCUUCCAGUCCCUCGCCGCCCACGACACCCGGCCUGCCAGCUUCGCCGCCAUCUCCGAUGCCUUGCGCAACAAUCCUUUCAUCCGGGAAAAUGAGGCUUUCGACGCGAACCGGCUCAGUCCGGAGGCCCUGGAGGAGCUGUAUACGACCUUGAUGCAAGAAUGGAUUGAGCAGAAUCGCUCCCCCUCGGCCUCCGUCGCUGACCAAAAUGGCGUAUCUACCGCAAACCCCAAGAAGCGCAAGAUCUCGAGUCCCACCGUGGACCACGUAGGCGUCGUCGACUUGGCCAAGUCUCACGCUAUGAUCGUCCCGGGGCUGGUGUCCCAGCUGUACGCCCGGUACAAGGAACGCGUUACAAGGGAAAUUCGGGAGGAGGAGAGGAGAUACAGAGAGAUUCGAGAGGAGAUUGAGCAGCUGCAGAGACAAGAGGUAGUAGAAGAACACGCAGAGCCUGUCCCGCAGGAUGUUACUGCUCCCAAGGGCCCGGAGGAGCCGCCUCAAGUCGCGCCUCCUGCGCCGGAUGCCAUGGAUCUCGACGUCAAGGAAGAGAAGCAAGCUCAAGCUCCGGACGCUGCGGUCAGCAAGCCUCCACAAGAACCCUCGGAGCAGAAACCAGAGACGGCGCAAGUACAGCAACCUGCAAAGGUUGAUAUCCCUCAGCAACCGGUUCCAUCUCCCAAUCCACCGCAGCCAGCAGUACCAUCACCACCCCAUCAACAACAAGAACAGGCACCACCACCAGCACCUCCUCCUCCGGCAGCACCAGCUCCUCCGACAGAGGUUGCUACAGUACCACAGACCAAACCCGAUAUUACCUCCCAACAACCACCUUCUGGAGGACUUACGGUAUCUACUGGGCCUCCACCACAACCUAGCUUGGUCAAUGGCAACCCACCGGCGUU